AGAGAGAGAGAGAGAUGUAAGAGUGGAAAUACUCACAGAAGCUUGUACUGGUGAGUCAGAGAGUGUGUGUGUGUGCGGGUGUGUGUGAGUGUUUGCUUUCAGACAGAGAGAAAGAGAGGAAGAAAUGGAAAGAUAAAUGGCCUCACUGGCAGAUUUAGCAGAGAAAUAGCAGAGCAUACAAGUGAGAAGAAAAGGUGGAGAGCGGACGCAUCCUCUUUCUGGCUGAAUGAAUGAAUGAGUGAGCGAGUGAGUGGAUGAGCAGGAGCAUCGGUGGUCCUGAAGAAGAGCAGAAGAAGGAGAGAACGGUGCUUUGUGACGCAUCUGACAUCUCGUCCUCCAUCUUAUCCAUCCUCCACCCGCCCAUCCAUCCAUCUGUCCUUCUUGGAAGUGUUUCUCCUCCCUGCUUUGGGAUGCAACAGGAGCAUCUGAUGGCCGGGAGAGGCUGAGAUACAGCAGCAGAUUUACAGGAACUUUGUGUCCCCAUGUGAGAACCACGCCAAGAUCUUAUGAAUCGACCACUUCAGUCGUCUCAAAUCCAGAGACCUGCCACGAAAUACGCACUAGAGACAACUGAACACAGGAAAGAAGCAACACUACCUAUGACUCUGCAUAUCUGCACCGUGCUAGAAGCAAGUAAGGUCUGGAAAGACUCCUGAGACACUCUCAAGCCUGUCACAUCACCGAAGAGUGGACGCACAAUCUGUCAAGCUCAACGCAGACCCCUUACGGAAUUCUAGUCAUUUAAGGACGAGCAACGUGCGUUCAAAUUUUCCAAUGCCACAUAUACUCCUCCCUGAAAAAGAAUUUACUUAUCAGAACAAAGGACCGGGAGGUAAAAGUUUAGCCAAUCUAGAUCAGGAGAGGGUCUAACCAGAAAAGGAAGCUAAAACAGGAAGAAGGUAGUGACAUUGUGGUGGAUGCUGUUUCUGUUACAUUGGUUGCAUCAGUUCCUUUCUGAAACUUAUAAAGCCACUGAUGAGCAGGGUUAUGAACGCUAAGCCAACAACAGUAUUAAACUGAACAGUAUUUCUUAGUAAGAUCCUAUGGUAUUCUCUAUUUAGGUGCUUGUGAUAUUUAUGUCCAAAUAAAUGUGCUGUAACAGUGAAAACACUGAAACAAUUGCCAACAUAUCUACUGAUACUGUAGUGUUUAGCCAAUCAUUUUUAAGAAUUUAUCAUUGAAUAUUAAUAUCAUUGAAUAUCCAGUUUCAUUGAAUGAUUGUGCAAUAUCAGUGAACAGAGUUUAAGUAGUUGCCUCAAGACUUGAUAAGCCCACUGGAGCCACAGACUGCAUUUUCUUGUGACCUCUGAAGGAAGACACCGUUGCCUGUUGUUCUUCAGGACUUUUUAUACUGUGCACUGGCUGGAAAUCUUUGUCCAUCUGUGCCACAUAAAGACUCAGGGUGACGCAACCCGUGACCAAGGAAGAACUUUAAUUCAGCAAUGGACAAACCUAUCCGCCCACACGUCCCCUGCAAUGGCUGAGUGUCCUCCCCCAGUGCACUGAAGACGUUCUCUGCAGGACCACCGUAAGCUACACCCAGUUCCUCUAGCCAAGAACACCACGCCUAGGAGUGGAUGUCCUGUCUGCGGCGCCAACCUGUGACCAUCCCUAUGGACACCGUCAAGAUCAUCCAAUCAGAGAAGUUCCCCCGGGAGUGUCCAGUCCCUGUGACCCAACCUCGCUAUGCCCCACCUCCCCGUGUGGCCUGGGAUGGAGGAGGCGAGGGGGAGAUUAUCGUCAACCAGGCCUGUGGCGACCUAACUAUGGAGGUCAAUGGCAAUACCGUGGUUCCACCCAGACCCCUAGUGUCUCCUCCCGCUCCUGUCCUCCGUCGUGAAGCCAGUUAUCUUGCCCAGCGCAAGGCCAGCACGGCUGACAUCUGCUACCACCAGUUCCACUACAAGAUGGAUGAUGUAAUUGUCAACCAGUACGUGCUCCGCUCUUCCUCCACCUCGUCCUCCUCGUCCUCCACCUCCUCAGGCCCGGUGAUGCCGUGUGAACCGCUGGACUGCCCCACAUGUGGGCACACCUACAACUUUGCUGGCAAGCGACCACGCAUCCUAUCCUGUUUGCACUCGGUGUGUGAGGAGUGCCUGCAGAUCCUGUAUGAGUCCUGUCCCAAGUACAAGUUCAUCUCCUGCCCCACGUGCCGCCGUGAAACCGUGCUCUUCACAGACUAUGGGUUAGCCGCGCUGGCCAUCAAUACCAGCAUCCUCAGCCGGCUUCCACCUGACCCGGCGGGCACAGUGCAGUGGGGCAGCGAUGGUGACCGCAGCUGCUAUCAAACAGUACGCCAAUACUGUCAGUCGGCUUGCACUUGCCACAUUGCCAACCCUCUUUCCUCCUGUGGAAUCAUGUAGACGGUGCGUACGACUUGGCACAACUCAUCUGAAAAGCUAUCCACCCGUGCCCACCAUCUGAGCUACACACAUUCACCUUCUUCCGAAGGGUCACAGAUGUACCUGUAAAUUUAACAGCACAGGAUGCUAUGAGGACUUGAAGUGAAAAGGACACUUGAGCGCAACGACAGAGAUAUGAAAUAUCAGAGUAAAUGUAUUUUAUGUAUGAACUGAUUUCCCUAUAUCCCUCAAUCUCUUGUGCGGAUGUGUUCGUCAUUGACAUCUCUUUACAUGGGAAUGCCAAGGGAAGUCUAUCUCCCCCAUCCUGGGUAUAAUAAAGACCAAUAAAAGAAUUUAAAAAGUCAA